AUGCCCGCCCAUGUUGUUUAUGCGUGCAACUGUCUAAAUGUCAAAAUUCAUCUUGCCAAUAAAUAUUAUUUAGAAGGUCAUGAAAAUUUUCGAAAAGAUAAAUUUACAAGACUAGAGGAACCUUCAAUAUCAGGUUGGAAGUUUGAAUUAAGUAUGAAGGGCAUCUCAGUUGAAUAUACAAGCUUAAUUCGCCUAAGAUAUAUCAUGGAUAAUUCUGAAGGUUGGGUAACAAUUAGCUGUCAUAAUUGUUCAACAGGAGAUGUUUACUCUGUUAGACGAGAUAAUAAACCAAGUAUAAUUUAUCCUAUUGAUAAGUCAAUUCUAAAUCAACCUGGUGAUCAAGUUAUUGUACACAAAGGAACUAUUUUUGGUUUAGAAAUUGAAAGGUUACAGAAAAAGGCAAUUUAUUCAACUGCAUUUCAUAUCGUUUUAAAUCCAGAUUUACCCAUUAACAAUUUAUCUCUGGACAAAGAAGAAAUACUGAAUGCAGAGUUAAAAAUUCAAUAUGAAGAAGUGAAAGAGCUAUUACAACAAUCAUUAAAAGAUCUUGAAGAAAAAACGGAAAAGAGGAUUCAAGCUUAUCGAGAAGAACAGGAGAUAUUAUUAACGAGGGAAAAACAAAAAGCAAUCUAUGAUAGUGCUGUUUUAUGGCAAACGAUGAAAGAAAUAUCAAAGACGGUAAAUGAAGAAAAUGAACAUGUACGUCGCUUAUCUGUACAGAAAGUAAGAAAUAGUGUUAGCGAUCAAAUUCUGUUCAAUCGCAUCGCUAAUGACGCAUAUUUCAAUCCACUUGAGGACACAAAUAAACAGGCUUUAAAUAAUUUAACAGAGAUUCAGCAGCAGCAGCAACAACAACAACAAAGGAAAGUAGUAAGAAGAUCUUCUUCUUCUUCAUUAUCGGCUGGUUUCAAUCAACAAUAUGUGUUCGUGCCAAGUUCUUUUACACAUAAUUAUCGUAGAAAAUCUAGUUAUAUUUUAGAUGAAAAUGCAAUUACCAACAGUCUAAAUAAAACAGUAACUUCACCGUUGCAUUUAGCACCUGUACAUGAGAUGCCUCCAUUUCAUAGAAGAAGGUCUUUGCUUGUUCCUGAACAACAGCCAUCCUUACAUCCACUUGCUCAACUUGCAGAAGAACAAACUAAUUGUAAAAUAUCAGCAUCAAGCACUUCAUCUUCUUGGGUAGAUGAUGAUGAUCAUAUAGAAGAAGAAAAAGGAGAUGAAGAAGAAGAAGAAGACUUGUUCCCUCUAGACGAGGAUAUAAAAAGUAACUCUAAUACAGAAGAAAAAAGUUUUUCAAAAGCUGUAAAUCAUACAAGCAAUAGAGAUAAUAAUAAUAAUAGACGAUCAUCGAAAUAUAUUGACUUUGUUGAAGAAGAAGAAGAAGAAGAAGAAGAAGUAAAAAGGGAAAGAAAUCAUAGUUUACUUAUGAAACAAUCAUUAAAAGAAAAAGAGAAUAAACAAGGGAGCAAUUUCGCUACUUCUGUUCCUAUUUCCAUAAGCUAUUCUCCAGCUACAAAUGAAAACAAACUAAGGAUCCUAGCAUCAUCUUCAUUUAAUAACAAAACACUACAAGAUAAAAAGUCACGAAAGCCUUCAUUUAUAGGUUUUGAUUACGCAGAAGCUGAUAGACGAACAUCGCUUACAUUUUCUUCUUCACAACUUGAUGACAGAAGAAGAAAAUCAGUCUUGCAUAAUCAACAACAACGACAAGGAUUGAAUAGUACCAAAAACAAGUUAGAAUUAGAAUUGGAAGAAAAUGAUGAUCAUAUUGAAGAAGGGCCUAUGAUUCCUCCUCAUAUUUUAGCCGCAAAUACUGCUACAAAUGAAACUGAAGUCCUUUUUGGAUCUGUUCCACAUAGUAGUACUAGAAAUAGACUAUUAGAAUAA